AUGGUGGUGCUGCGUUUGACAGUUGGACUGGAUGACCUUGAAGGCCUCCUUCAACCUUGCUACGACUCCGUGAUUUCCACCAGCAGCUCAGCGUUACCCCUGCGGAGCCACCACAACGAAGCCCUCAGGCAGAGGAGGCGGGCGCCACGACGGCGACCCCGCGGGCCGCCCCCUCCGCCCUCGGCCCGACCCAGGGGCCGCCCCGACGGCCGCGCCAGGCGCCACAAGAUGUCGCCCUCCCCUCAGGCAGGGCCGGGCCCGGGGCCGCCGGGGACCCCCGCGGGGCCGGACCCGCCAUCGCGCCGGCGGGGACAGCGGGGAGGGCGGCGGGCGGAGGCUCUGCGGGGCCGCCCGGGAGCUGCCGGGUCCCGCCUGCCGGAGGCUGGAGCGGGAAGGCGCCGCUCGGGCAGCGGCCGCCAUGUCGCGGGGCCGCUCGAGGGCCGCCCGGCCACGGCCGAGGGGGAGGAGGGGGUCGGGGCCGCUUGUCCUCCUCCCCUCAGGGCUCCCUCUGUCCUGGAGUCCCCGCGCAGAUUCACGACCUAG